AUGAAGUUCGAUACUUUAGUACAAGCCACUGUGGCUGGUGUUGUGGCGAGUGCUGUGAAUGCAGCGACGGCAGAUCAGUGGAGAAGCCGGUCGAUAUAUCAGGUUCUUACGGAUCGGUUUGCACGCCCCGAUAGCAGCACAACAGCAUCAUGCGAUACCAGCUUAGGCCAAUACUGCGGAGGAACGUGGCAAGGAAUUAUCAAACAACUCGACUACAUACAGAACAUGGGAUUCACAGCGAUAUGGAUAUCCCCAGUUACAUACAAUAUUCCGGACAAAACACCGUACGGAUAUGCAUGGCAUGGAUACUGGCAACAAGAUCUAUACAAGCUGAAUGACCACUUCGGAACAGCGGAUGAUCUCAAAGCGCUAAGCAAAGCACUGCAUGACAGAAAUAUGUAUCUCAUGGUCGAUGUAGUCGUAAACCACAACGGCUGGAAUGGAGCAUCCACUACCGUCGACUACUCUAAAUUCCACCCUUUCAACAACGCAAAGUACUUCCACAGUUUCUGCCCAGUCGACAACUAUAGCAACCAAACCAACGUUGAGGAUUGCUGGCUCGGCGAUUCCAAAGUUGAGCUUCCGGAUCUGAAGACUGAGGACUCAGCUGUAGCUGAUGGGUAUAAUACGUGGAUCAAGCAGCUAGUUAGCAAUUACUCGAUCGAUGGGCUGCGAAUCGACACUGUAAAGCAUGUAGAAAUGUCUUUCUGGAAGCCUUUCAACUCCGCGGCUGGCGUAUUCUGUACUGGAGAAGUCUUCAGCGGUGAUCCAUCGUUCACUUGCAAUUACCAGAACUCUCUUGAUAGCGUGCUAAACUAUCCCAUCUACUAUCAAAUAAUCCCCUUCCUAAACUCCACAAACGGCUCGCCCACGGCGCUCCUCAACGCCCUCAAAUCUGUCAACUCUUCCUGCCGCGACUCCUCAGUCUUAGGCACUUUCACCGAAAACCACGACGUCCCACGCUUUGCCUCCAUGACCUCCGACCUCAGCCUCGCACAAAACGCACUCGCAUUUACCAUCCUUUCUGACGGUAUCCCGAUCGUCUACGCUGGCCAGGAACAACACUACUCCGGCGGCGGCGAUCCCGCAAACCGUGAAGCCACCUGGCUUUCGAAAUACAAUCGGCAGUCGGACUUGUAUAAUCUAGUAGCUGCGGUGAACCAGGUACGGAAUGUCGCCGCAUUCAUCGAUCCGAAAUACCUGACAUAUAACAUCUACCCCAUAUACUCGGACGCCCAUACUAUCGCCCUCCGAAAGGGGUUUGAUGGUAAACAAGUCAUCUCGAUAAUAACAAACCUUGGCUCCUCCGCCCCAUCCACAACCCUCACACUCUCUGGCACUAGUCACGGAUUGCCAUCUGGUACCGUCGUUGUGGACAUCUUAUCCUGUGCUCAGGUCACGGUUUCCUCGGAUGGAAGCCUGGCGGUGCCCAUGCAGGCGGGGGUUCCCAGGGUUUAUUUCCCAGUGGCCGCGGCGGUAGGCCAUGGAAUUUGUGGUAUUGGUACGAGUGAGACGGCCGCGCCAAGUGCGACGAAUUCGAAGAAGAGCGUGGGCGGGUUGCAGAGGAGAGGGGACAGGAGGAGGAAGGUUGUCAAAGCGGGUUUGGCGGCAGCGGCUGCAGGGGCUGUUGGGGCGGUCGUUUAGGUGGCGCUGCAGGAGGGAGGGGUUCCGUUGUUUGCAUUAGAUUUAGGUCGGCGGAUAUAAAAUCCCCGAGGUAGGGAGUGGGAGCUAGGAACAGGAACUCAGAGAAAAAGUGCCCCCUUU